UUGGCCACGGUCGGUUCUGAGGAGAGGGACAGCAACGGCAAAGAAACGCAGGAACAAGUCAGUUGGAUAGAGAGAAGAAAGAAAAUAAUACAGAAAUCCUUUAAGCAACGAAACCGACCGAAUAAGCCACUACAGUCAACUAGUAUUGAAUUCGUUUUAAACAUUUAAUUCAAUGACAUAUUUUUUAUUUUUAUACAAGCAAGGUUAGCGGUCCGCGAGAGAGAGCUGUGUCAUUGAGCAGGCAGGACACGUCAGGAGACGAGAGAAAAGCUGGUUAGCCAUAACUAGCUACUAUAUGAGCAAAAGCCAUAAAAGUACCCUAUCGCUUGUCAUAAACUUGAUUUUCACAAUUUUAUCAGACACAUCGAGAUUGCCGAUUGACUACAGGACGGAUCGAGUCAUCGCCUGGAUCAAGGGUAACGUUAGCGACCAAAAGGACGUAAAGAUCACGGGAUAGCACAUAUUGUGUGGGUGAAAACAAAUGGGGGAUUACGGGUUUGGAGUCUUAGUGCAAAACAACACUGGCAACAAGUCUGCAUUCCCAGUUAGAAUUCACCCACAUCUGCAACCUCCACAUCAUCAUCAGAAUGCAUCUCCAAGUCCUGCUGCUUUCAUAAACAAUACCACAUCUGGUAAUGGCAGUAGCAGUGGGUCGCCUUGGCUUUUUUCAGCCACAGCUGCCCACAGCAGCAUGCAAGAUGAAAUUCUUGGGUCUGAAAAACCCAAAGCCCAGCAACAGGAAAUGCAAGAAACGCAAGAAAAGCAGCAACUGUCCCCUGGCCACCAGGAGUCUGUAAUCAUAUCUGAGUUAGAGAAGGCGAGGUCCGAGGAGAACAAGGUGGAGGGCAGCCCCUCAGAGGGUAGCAAUGGAAAGGAGAAGCUGCGCCUCGAGUCCCCAGUACUGACAGGCUUCGACUACCAAGAGACAUCGGGUCUUGGGGCUCCGGCCCAGUCCAGUACCUCCUCGUCCCUGACCGGCUUCAACAACUGGUCAGCGGCUAUUUCCCAGACACCCUCCACCAUCAUCAACGAGGAUGUCAGCUUCUUCAACCCAGCUGCAUCUGCUAACAAUGGGGCCCUCCUGUUCCAGAAUUUCUCCCACCACACCAGCCCAGGCUUUGGGGGAAACUUCUCCCCCCAGAUUGGACCCAUCUCCCAGCACCAUCCCCCACAUCCACACUUUCAGCACCCACACAACCAACACCAACAGCACCGCAGGUCCCCGGCCAGCCCCCACCCUCCUCCCUUCCCCCAUAGGAAUGCUGCGUUCAGCCAGUUGCCGCAUUUGUCCAAUAAUCUGAAUAAACCCCCGUCACCUUGGGGUAGCUACCAAAGCCCUUCUCCUUCUCCCUCUUCUACCUCCUGGAGUCCCGGCGGGGGCUAUGGUGGCUGGGGAGGCUCCCAGGGGCGUGAGUACCGUCGGGGCCUCAACGGAGGCAUGACCCCACUGAACUCAAUCUCCCCACUGAAGAAAACAUUCCCCAACAACCACGUGCCGUCGCAGAAGUACUCCCGCACCAGCCCUGGGUUCAACCCCAAAUCCUGGAUGGACGAGAGUGUGAGCAGGAGUGACAACAUCUUUCCCUUCCAGGAGCGCACCAGAUCCUUUGAUGGCUUCAACAUGCAUUCCCUGGAGAACUCUCUCAUUGACAUCAUGAGGGCCGAGCAAGAUACCCUGAAAGGUCGCCUAGGAUUCACCCAUCCAGGGGGAGAAAGUCCUCUGCCCAUAAAUGCAAGGAAUUAUGGGAGGAGACGAGGUCACUCUUCCCUGUUCCCCAUGGAGGAUGGUUUCCCUGACGACGAGCGUGGUGAGCAGAGCCUGCCUGGCCUUGGCUCGCCCCACUGUUUCCCCCACCAGAAUGGGGAGCGCGUUGAGCGUUACUCCCGCAAGGUCUUUGUCGGUGGCCUCCCGCCAGAUAUUGAUGAAGAUGAAAUAACUGCAAGUUUCCGUCGCUUUGGACACCUCUUUGUGGACUGGCCUCACAAGGCAGAGAGCAAAUCUUACUUCCCCCCGAAAGGUUAUGCCUUCCUGCUGUUCCAGGAUGAGAGCUCUGUGCAGGCCCUGAUUGAAGCCUGUAUUGAAGAGGACGGCAAGCUCUACCUGUGUGUGUCUAGCCCCACCAUCAAAGACAAGCCGGUCCAGAUCCGUCCCUGGAACCUGAACGACAGUGACUUUGUGAUGGACGGCUCCCAGCCUCUGGACCCCAGGAAGACCAUCUUUGUGGGUGGGGUGCCACGCCCUCUCCGUGCAGUGGAGCUGGCUAUGAUCAUGGACAGGCUGUAUGGAGGCGUGUGCUAUGCAGGCAUCGACACAGACCCGGAGCUCAAGUACCCCAAGGGAGCAGGGCGGGUCGCCUUCUCCAAUCAGCAGAGCUACAUCGCUGCUAUCAGCGCUCGUUUUGUCCAGCUGCAGCAUGGAGAAAUCGACAAACGGGUGGAAGUGAAGCCAUACGUCUUGGACGACCAGUUGUGUGAUGAGUGUCAGGGAACUCGGUGCGGGGGCAAGUUUGCCCCUUUCUUCUGCGCCAAUGUCACCUGUCUCCAGUAUUACUGUGAAUACUGCUGGGCGGCCAUCCACUCACGCGCUGGUCGGGAGUUCCACAAGCCACUGGUCAAGGAGGGAGGGGACCGGCCUAGGCACAUCUCCUUCCGCUGGAACUGAGAGGCAGGGGGGAGUAGGAGUCGCAAAAUCAUUGUACAAAUAAAUGCACUUUUCUGUUGCUGGUUCCUUUUUAACUCUAAUUUGGGAGAAAAAAAAAGUUUAAUUUUAAAUUAAUAUUUUUUUUUAAAGAUGAGGAGAUAUGUCAAGAAAGGAAAAGAAUGUGUAUCCCAUGUGAAAUCCCAUUCUCUCGACUUUCUCCAGUUGCUUUUAUCUUUUAUUAGAGCAGAAUUUGAAAAGAUUAGGCUUUCAAUUGUCACCUUUACUAUCCAAUUGACGUGUCAUUGACCAUCAACUUCAAAGCAGUAUGUUCAGUUCAGAUGUUCAUCCAAUAGGCUCCAGAGCAGAUGUUCAUCCAAUAGGCUCCAGAGCAGAUGUUCAUCCAAUAGGCUCCAGAGCAGAUGUUCAUCCAAUAGGCUCCAGAGCAGAUGUUCAUCCAAUAGGCUCCAGAGCAGAUGUUCAUCCAAUAGGCUCCAGAGCAGAUGUUCAUCCAAUAGGCUCCAGAGCAGAUGUUCAUCCAAUAGGCUCCAGAGCAGAUGUUCAUCCAAUAGGCUCCAGAGCAGAUGUUCAUCCAAUAGGCUCCAGAGCAGAUGUUCAUCCAAUAGGCUCCAGAGCAGAUGUUCAUCCAAUAGGCUCCAGAGCAGAUGUUCAUCCAAUAGGCUCCAGAGCAGAUGUUCAUCCAAUAGGCUCCAGAGCAGAUGUUCAUCCAAUAGGCUCCAGAGCAGAUGUUCAUCCAAUAGGCUCCAGAGCAGAUGUUCAUCCAAUAGGCUCCAGAGCAGAUGUUCAUCCAAUAGGCUCCAGAGCAGAUGUUCAUCCAAUAGGCUCCAGAGCAGAUGUUCAUCCAAUAGGCUCCAGAGCAGAUGUUCAUCCAAUAGGCUCCAGAGCAGAUGUUCAUCCAAUAGGCUCCAGAGCAGAUGUUCAUCCAAUAGGCUCCAGAGCAGAUGUUCAUCCAAUAGGCUCCAGAGCAGAUGUUCAUCCAAUAGGCUCCAGAGCAGAUGUUCAUCCAAUAGGCUCCAGAGCAGAUGUUCAUCCAAUAGGCUCCAGAGCAGAUGUUCAUCCAAUAGGCUCCAGAGCAGAUGUUCAUCCAAUAGGCUCCAGAGCAGAUGUUCAUCCAAUAGGCUCCAGAGCAGAUGUUCAUCCAAUAGGCUCCAGAGCAGAUGUUCAUAGCAAAGGUGUUGCUAAAGAAGAGUGCACUUAUUUCUUUAUUUUAGAGUGCAGAAUAUAAAGUCUCAGUAGUUAACCAAAGCUUAAUCUCAAUUGGUUUGAAAAAGAAACGAGUACAGAAACGUGGAUUAUUUCCCAGAUCAGAUGUUUGAAUAUUUUCUUUUUGAGACCAUGCUAAUAUUUGAUGUUACUUGACAAGAUCCAUUUCACAACAGGCGUUCUGGUUUGAUCUCUAUUUUGACAUGCAAAAACUAAUACCUCAAGCUUAGCUGCUAAUGUGACGAAUAAGUUAAAGAAAGUAAGCUGGUAUCCCUCUUCCCUUAGGACCACAAUCAAAGGGAAACGGCGUCAGCAAAAAGACACAUUUUUAUAGACGCUGCUUUGUCACUUCUUUAUUUUUGUAAUCUGACCCAAGGUUGUACUAAGAAUGAACAGAGCAUUUUAUUGGGGAAUGUAUGGCAUUGGAGGUCCCUGAGACCCUCAGCGCUGACCCGUAUAGAGAUAAGUGACCCCCCCCCCCCCCUCUGUGUCUGAGGCCAUGCUAGCUAGGAGAGGAGAGGCUAGUGCCUAGUUGUCAUCAGGGCUGCACGUGAGCAGAAAGCCCUGUUUUUCGUGUAUUAUUAUUAUUGCGUUGGUGCAAAUCUCCCAAUCCUUUAUUCACAACCGUAUUCUGUUUUUAACCCCCCUCAAAAAGAGAAUUGAAUUACAAAAGCCAGGCUUGUCAUCAACACAUUUCCAUCUAGAGGAGGAUGCAGUUAUUAGACCUGCAGACCUCUCUUCCUGUGCCAGCCCAGCUAACUCAGCCAGUGUUCUAAGCAUAAAUGAAGAUAGUCCAUGCGAUGUGCUCUACUACGUACGUCCCACAAUGCAGUUCACUCACUCAAACAAGACUGCAAUAAAGAGGUUAUACCUAGAUGCUUUAGGGAACCAAAGUCGCCUGUGCAGUAGUGCAGUAAUACAGUAUUUCAUUUCAGUUUUUCUGAGUUCAUUAUUCUUUUCCUAUUUUUCUUACGAAGACCAGAUGGACUACAGCAAACCAAAGAUUGGCCUUGAAUAGAUAACAGUGCAGUCAAAAUCCAGGAAAACACUAGUGAAAACAACUGGACUUAUUCAGUUUACAGACACCCAGGCUUUUUCACCAGUCAAUCCUCUCAUUUCCAAAGGUCAAAAUAGAGACGUUUGUUGCUAGGCAGUUGUGUAACGUGAAUAGGUCUGCAACAGGUUUGGGGAAAUGAACACAAAAAGCUAAACAAAGGCUCACAUUUGGAUUGGUUAUUAUAGUCAUACAGUAUCUGAACCUACUAGCGUUUUAAUAUGUCAGGGAGGGAGUGCUGAAAUAGAAUUUAACACACUAGUGAAAACCGUAUCCUUGUGUUUGCUUGCUGGUGUUCUACUGCACCAUGACUUUAGCUUGCUGGUGUUCUACUGCACCAUGACUUUAGCUUGCUGGUGUUCUACUGCACCAUGACUUUAGCUUGCUGGUGUUCUACUGCACCAUGACUUUAGCUUGCUGGUGUUCUACUGCACCAUGACUUUAGCUUGCUGGUGUUCUACUGCACCAGUUCUGCACCAGGCAUUUAGCUUGGCGGUGUUCUACUGCACCAGUUCUGCACCAGGACUUUAGCUUGCUGGUGUUCUACUGCACCAGUUCUGCACCAUGACUUUAGCUUGCUGGUUUUCUACUGCACCAGUUCUGCACCAGGACUUUAGCUUGCUGGUGUUCUACUGCACCAGUUCUGCACCAGGACUUUAGCUUGCUGGUGUUCUACUGCACCAGUUCUGCACCAGGACUUUAGCUUGCUGGUGUUCUACUGCACCAGGACUUUAGCUUGCUGGUGUUCUACUGCACCAGUUCUGCACCAUGACUUUAGCUUGCUGGUUUUCUACUGCACCAGUUCUGCACCAGGACUUUAGCUUGCUGGUGUUCUACUGCACCAGUUCUGCACCAGGACUUUAGCUUGCUGGUGUUCUACUGCACCAGGACUUUAGCUUGCUGGUGUUCUACUGCACCAGUUCUGCACCAUGACUUUAGCUUGCUGGUGUUCUACUGCACCAGGACUUUAGCUUGCUGGUGUUCUACUGCACCAGUUCUGCACCAUGACUUUAGCUUGCUGGUGUUCUACUGCACCAGUUCUGCACCAGGACUUUAGGUUGCUGGUGUUCUUCUGCACCAGGACUUUAGCUUGCUGGUGUUCUUCUGCACCAGGACUUUAGCUUGCCAGUGUUCUACUGCACCAGUUCUGCACCAGGACUUUAGCUUGCUGGUGUCCUACUGCACCAGUUCUGCACCAGGACUUUAGCUUGCUGGUGCUCUACUGCACCAGUUCUGCACCAGGACUUUAGCUUGCUGGUGUUCUACUGCACCAGGUCUGCACCAGGACUUUAGCUUGCUGAUGUUUUACUGCACCAUGACUUUAGCUUGCUGGUGUUCUUCUGCACCAUGACUUUAGCUUGCUGGUGUUCUUCUGCACCAUGACUUUAGGUUGCUGGUGUUCUUCUGCACCAUGACUUUAGCUUGCUGAUGUUUUACUGCACCAUGACUUUAGCUUGCUGAUGUUUUACUGCACCAUGACUUUAGGUUGCUGGUGUUCUUCUGCACCAUGACUUUAGCUUGCUGGUGUUCUACUGCACCAUGACUUUAGCUUGCUGGUGUUCUUCUGCACCAUGACUUUAGCUUGCUGGUGUUCUACUGCACCAGUUCUGCACCAGGACUUUAGCUUGCUGGUGUUCUUCUGCACCAUGACUUUAGCUUGCUGGUGUUCUUCUGCACCAGUUCUGCACCAGGACUUUAGCUUGCUGGUGUUCUUCUGCACCAGUUCUGCACCAGGACUUUAGCUUGCUGGUGUUCUUCUGCACCAUGACUUUAGCUUGCUGGUGUUCUUCUGCACCAUGACUUUAGCUUGCUGGUGUGGUGGAUAAACAUUUUAGGAGUUAAACACUUUUUGAAGAAUUUGCUGUUAAUGAGAGAAAAAAAGAUUAUUUUAUACAUGGCCUGCUGAUUUUUGGUACAGUGUUUUCUAGCUAAAUUAUUUUGUCAUGCACAUAUAAACAUUUUAUGCACUACUUUUCUAAAUAUUUUUUUUUCUUCCCAACAGUCAUUUUAGGCACAUUUUUCACAAAUGGGGAAAACUCCUUUUUGCAAUACCUCAAUUUUUCACAUUGUGAAAGGUAGCUUUUGUACUUUUGUUACUGAGAGAUCUGCAUAUAUGGACAUUUUUCAUUUAACGAAAAAAAAUGUAGUGAUUUCGAUAUAUAUUAUUUUCAGUUAUGCUUUUUUCUACAUUUCAGUGCUGAGGAAUCUUCACAACCAAGUAGCGUACGUGCAUUGACGCGACUUCCGAAACGGCAGAGGAACGAUCAGUGUACUGCUUAAAGGUCUUAGAUCUUAUACACUAGAUGUUUCACAAAAAUCAGAUCUUAACAGCAUGGCGAGGACAAAGUUGUCAUUUAAAAUUUUAAUGUUAUUGUUUAAAAAAAAUGGCUAUCCUAGUUGGGGAAAAUGGUAACUUCUCUUUUUGGUUUCCUCUCCAUAGCUGGAAUAUAACUAUUAUAAGGAUAAUGCAAAUUAUGGUUCAUGCUUCGGCUGAAUCUCGUAUCACAAGAAUGGAUGUUUGGUGUUUAGAUAUUUUAACAUUUGAAAAUAUAUAUUCUUGAACUUGCCAACUAGCUCCUAUUGUAAUCCUUAGCAUGCAUGACGAAAAAAAGAUAAGUACAUGAAUUAGCUAUUGAAUUUGAUUGUUGUGGUUGUGCACCAGAUGUUUCUCAACUUUAAUUUGUUAAGGACACCCCCACACCUCACUUCUCUCCCAUGUGUUGAUAUCUUUGCCUUCUCCAUACUCAGACCUCUGCAGGAUGCAAGGAAAAAAAGAUGAGAAAAUAAGAAAAGAAAACUCUAAAAUCUAUUUUAGCAGUGGAGGACUUGAGCAUCUUAUAGGACACUGUUGAAAAGACUUGUUAACUCAUCUCCACUGUCUGUUGAGGUAAUUCAACCGUUUUGGAAGAAGGGGAACUUUAAGACUUGAAUGUGGUAAAUGUUGCAAGUUAACUUCGAGUUGUUAUGUGCAAUACAUUUUAUUUUAUUUUUUUCCAGAUAAAGACUCUUUGCAAUGUAAUUCUUUAAUGCCAUUUUUAAUUGCAGACAUUUAAAGAAGACGUUAAUAUGUUUUUCCAGUCAUUUUCUACUGUUAUUGUAAUCCUUUUCAUGCUGGUGUUUGUAAAAAAAGAAAAAGAAAUCAAACUAUUUGUACUAAUAUAAAUAAUUGAAGUUAUUUUUAAAACAUUAAAGGUUUUGUGCUCAUUUGUUUAUUUCAAGCUACUGUGAUUGGUUGCAUUGUAAUUAUUAGGUCAAUAAUGUAUUUAGCUGUUUAUUGGUAUAUUUUUAAUUGGGAUGUAUAAUUUUUUAUAAUUUUGAUCAGAUUUUUGUUAUAUUUUUGAGGUGAAGCUUUUAAAGUGUCUAGUUUUUACUAAUUGCUAUAUUGUGCUCCACAAUAUAUGAUUAACAUUUUCUGAAGGAAAAUAAAUAUUUAAAUAUUUGUCUGUUAAUGAUGUUACUUAAUGGCAAAAUUUCAAUAGUUUUUAACUGUAUGGGAAGGUUGUUGUAUUUAUUAAUAGCAUUUUUUACUUAAGAUAUCACCUUAAUUUCUAUUGUCAUUUCACUUUAUAAGUUCCUAUUUUUGUAUUUUCCUUUCUAAUUAAGUUAUGUAAUACAAAAUGUCCAUAUUUCUAGGAGUUGGUCUGUAGCAGUGCUAGUGAAACGAAAAAUACAAUUCUGUUAUUUAAUUGUUUGCAGCCAACUAUUUAUAACAGUGCAUCAUUUUGAAAUAUUUGUAAUGUGAAAUGUUGAAUGAAUAAAACUUAACUGUGA